AUGCUCGAGAAAACACAUUUCCGAACCGUCGGAAUUCCUUCCGGCGCGUUCAUGCAAUAACGAGCGCGUUAACUUCGUCUUUCUAUGAUGGAAUGCUCAUCGAUUGACCAAUGCGGUGAUUUGCCAGUGUUGAUUGCCCAGUGAACUAUAUUAUACAUACUGGAGUAAGCCUUGAAGGAGUAGGGGAAGGUCCACUGUGGAAGAGAGAGCUAUAUUGGAUGGAGACGUAUGCUUUGUUUUUAAUAUUCCCACCAUACACGGAUAGGCUCACUUUAGUUAUGUUAUAUAAUUCACUGUGAUUACCGCGUUGAUCAAUCAAGAGCUUCUAAUUACAAUAGUUACGAUAUGUCGAAACUCGUAAUUGGAAAAUUGGCAUUUGUUACUGGUGCUGGAAGUGGUAUCGGAAGAGAGAUAUGUCGAGUUUUAGCUAGAGAAGGCGCCCAAGUCGUGGCGACCGAUCGAAAUAUUAAAACUGUUGAGGAAACUGUAGCUACUUUAGAAGGUAUUGAGCAUGUUCCACUGAAUGUGGACGUCACUGAUCGAAAGCAUGUUGAGAUAGCAUUUAAACAUGUUGUAAAGCAAUUUUUAAAGCCACCUUCUAUCAUUGUUAAUGCAGCAGGUAUUACACGAGAUAACUUUUUAAUGAAACUCAGUGAUUAUGACUUUGAUGAUGUGAUCAACAUCAAUUUAAAAGGUUCUUUCUUGGUAAUGCAAAUUGCUGCAAGAACAAUGAUAGAAGCAAAUGCAUCUAAAGAUUCUUCCAUUAUUAAUGUGAGUUCAAUUGUUGGUAAAUAUGGAAAUAUUGGACAGAGUAAUUAUAGUGCAUCAAAAGCUGGAGUGAUAGCUAUGACAAAAACCGCUUCUAUGGAGCUUGGGCAGUUUGGAAUUCGGGUAAAUGCAAUACUGCCUGGUUUUAUAGAAACUUCUAUGACUGCAAAUGUACCAGACAAUGUUAAGAAAAUUCUUAUUAAAAAAAUACAAUUGCAAAGAAUAGGCAAACCACAAGAAGUGGCAGAGGUUGUCGCAUUUUUAGCUUCUAACAGAAGUUCUUAUGUGAAUGGUACUGCUAUAGAAAUUACUGGAGGAAUGUAUUGAAUGUUAUUCAUUUUGUAUGUGUUUUUAUGUGUAUACACAGACAAAAUAUAUAACUCUGAUGUGUGUACA